AUGGCGCUUUCAUCACCACCACCUGACCAGCGCGGCUCAUCCGAUGCCAUCGUGACCACAGCACCACCCACCUCGGAUCCGGUUGCAGCACUUCGAGAGGCGCGCCGGUCUGCCAAGCUCAACGUGACUGCGUGGCUGGACAAUCACAUCCAACAGACAUCUGUCGGACACUCCGAGACGUUGGCCUCUACCGAUGAGGAGGGCGCGUCUCGAACUGCCACCACCAAGCUCGACGACACCUCGUCCGCCUUGCGGCAACUCUCGCUCGCACUAUCGUCCGUCCGAGAUGCCUCGCGCACCGAGGCAGACCAGAUCAUCAGGUCGCUCGUUGCUACCAUCCCCAAGAUUGGAAUCGAGCUCAAACUCAUGUCAGACACUGCGCUCACCCUGCAGUCCCGUGUCAAGACACUGCAGACAGACUCCUCCGGCACGGAGCCCGCCACCGACGCAGCACUCGCAAGGAUAGCCGCCCUCUCCAAGGCCAAAUCCGACCUCAUCGAUGCAAGGCAUGUGCUCAGAGAGGCGCAGGCGUGGUCUACACUCGAAAGCCAGGUCACCGUGCUCCUGAGCGAGCAAAGGUGGCAGGAGGCUGUCGACCGCGUCGUCAAAGCCACCGACUCCCUGCGUCUCUUCAGUGGAUCGGCAAAGUCCAACGAGGAAAGAGGCGCUCUGCUCGAGUCGCUCACGCAGAGGAUACACGAGCAUCUUGCACCCGUGCUCGCCCAAGCCAUCGCGACAAGAGACGCCGACACCGUCCACAGUACAGCCGGCCUGCUCUCCCUCACCCGCAACGGAGUGGCCAUCUUCUUUCAGAUUUACACCAACGCUCGCUCAGAGUCUCUCCUGUCCCGCUGGGCGCAAACCGCUUCAGAGACGAGCGAAAAGUCGCUGCCAGCGCAACUCAGCUCGCUCUUUGGAGAUCUGCUGGCUUUGCUCGGCGAAGAACGAGUGGCUUCGUCGCGUCUCUUCACCGAUCCCAACAAAGCCGUCCAGCUGCUUACGGCAGACAUUAUGGCCCGUCUCGAUCCUCCUAUUCACGCCAGUAUCCAACACGCCACCCGUGCGCCCGAUCUCGAGUCGUUCCUCACCGCCCUCACCGACGCAUACAAGGCAUCCGAAGAGGCCAUCCGCGCCGUACAGGCCAUUUUGCCGGAACGUACACAGGACAAGUCGGACGACGAGCCCGAGUCUGCCUCUAUACCGAUCGACAGCAGUGUGCUUUCCUCGUCAAACACGGACAAGACCUGGCUGAGGCUCAUGCUCGAGUCCUUUCUUCCGUAUCAGGAACGUCUCUCGACCUUCGAAGCUGAGGCCAUGCAGUCGCGUCUGCACACAUUGCAGGCCUCAUCGCCUUCGACCAGCGCCACCAUCUCAAGCGCUUCUACGCAGUCUUUGCAGGUGGCGAAAGCCGCGCUACGACGUUCUACUGCACUCACAAAGACAUUCGCAACGCCGUCUCUGCUUCCCUCGUUGGAUGCUCUCCUGGAGGGCGCCAUGAGCAGAGCCAAGCUCGAGCUGGACUCGGAUUUGCAGCGCGCGCUCCGCGAAGUGCAAGCCAGGAUCCGCAGUUUCCAUACGAAUGAGCGCGCAGGCCAAGCAUCGCUCACUUACGACGAGCGUGGAGACGUACUCACCUCAAGCGACUGGGACGACUUCAGAAAGACGACCGAAAAGCUCAAGACAUGCCGCGAAUCGCUCGCUGCUGUGCGCGCAUUGGAAGAGACGAUCGCAUACCAGAUCUCGGAGCUCAAACCGCUUGUCAAGGCUCCGGGCGAGGAUGGACCCGAUUUCACCAGCCCUAUAUCGGCGCUGGCCACAUCUUCGCUCAACACGGCAGCGCUGCACGAGCUCAUCUCCAAGUCGAAGCGCAUGCUGUCGGCGUCGUCGUGGGAUGCGUCUGCAUCUGCCUCGCCCGAGCUGCAGCUGCUUCCCACCGCGCGCGCUUCCAUACUGGCGAUUGCCAGGGCGGUGCAGACGUUCCUGCACGAGCUCGUGUUGUCGCAAUUCCUGCCCGAGCUCGAGGUGUACGCGAGCCUGAGCAUCUGGACCUCCAGCAAACACCCGAGCGUGGUCAACGAGUACGACCUCGCCAUGCCCAAGUUCAGCUUCAGCCCCACCGAGGCCAUGGCGCGCAUCGGCGAGGCGAUGCUCAACCUGCCGCGUCUCUUCGAGGCGUAUGCGGACGAGGCGCUGCUCUUCUGCCUCAACAGUGACGCAGACCGAGGGGGCGCGGACAAAGUGGCGGCCAACGCUUCGCACGGGCGACACGCAUCGAUUGCGAUCGUAGACCCCGCUGCGGACCGGUCGAGCAUGCAUCGGGCGGCUUUCUCCACCACGGCGGCGCCUGCAGCGCGUGCGACUUUAGACACGGACGAGGAUGCGAGCGAGGCCGGUAUUCUGUCACAGUAUCUGCGCUCCUUGCUCACGCUCUUCCUCACGCGCUUCCUCUCGGGUGUGCUGCCGUCGCUGCCACGGCUGACCGAUAUCGGGGCCGCGCAGUUGGCGGCGGACCUGGACUAUCUAGGCAACAUCUCAUCGGUCAUCUACGCCGAGAGCGACGCCGUGCUGCGCUUCUGGAAAAAGGCGGCUGAGCUUGACACGGAUACCGGCCGGCGACUGGUGAGCGAGCAUGUAGUCGGCACCGCAGGCACAGGCGCCGACGACGACGCACGCAGCUUUGUCGCCUCGGACGCGUUCCGAACCGUCGCCAGGCUGCGCGGCUGGAUGUGA